AUGUUAUCAUGUGCGAUAAGCACGGAACUCCGCUUUGUCUCCUCCCCAGGCUCAACUGAAGCCUUGCUUUCUACAUCUACUCGAAUACUUCCCUCCAACUUCUACCUGCAAGCCCUGUCAAAUCUCAAACAGCAGGGCAAGAUGGCGAAUAGCGCCCUCAUUCCCUUCCUGGUCACGAUGAUGCUCGUGACCGGGGUGUGCAACACCAUUCUCAACAAAUACCAGGACAUGCAAUGUGUGCGAAAUUGCGACUCCUCAGAUCCCAGUCACCGGAAGCUGUUCGAGCAGCCCGUCAUUCAAACAGCGCAGAUGUUUAUCGGAGAAAUGGGCUGCUGGCUAGUCGUUGCUCUGACCUUCCUCUACCGCCAAUACAUCGCACCCAGAUUAUCAAGCGGUCCCUCCCCUCUCCUAGCAGGCGGAUACCACCCGAUCAGCGGCGAGGCCAACGACGAAGAUCACCCAGACGAACUGGACGAUGACACACACAAGCCCAUUGAUGACCGCAUCCCACUUCGCGGAUGGAAGAUCCUUCUCCUGGCUGCCCCUUCGAGCUGCGACAUCGCCGGCACGACUCUCAUGAAUGUUGGCCUUCUCUUUGUGGCAGCGAGUAUCUACCAAAUGACCCGUGGUGCUCUCGUCCUUUUUGUCGGUCUGUUCAGUGUUUUGUUCCUGCGCCGCAAGCUUUACCUGUAUCAAUGGAGCGCGCUAUUCGUCGUCGUUCUCGGCGUGGCAGUUGUCGGUCUAUCGGGUGCUUUGUUCAGCGGUGAUUCAGGACACGAUAUCACGCAAAAUGCCCAGAGGGCUCUCAUGCAUGCUCGUGCGGUGGCCCGAACCCCAGAGGCCGUCCAAACUGUUAUUGGUGUAUUGCUUAUUGCUGCCGCGCAGAUCUUCACGGCCUCGCAGUUCGUGCUUGAGGAGUGGAUUUUGGAAAAUUACGCCAUGGAUCCCAUCCAGGUCGUUGGAUGGGAGGGCGUCUUCGGAUUCUUGGUCACUCUUGUCGGGAUGGUGAUUAUGUAUAUCAUAGUUGGAAGCACUGAUGCUGGCCGCUAUGGAUACUUCGAUAUCAAGGAGGGUUGGAGCGAGGUUGUUCACAACCGUGCUAUUGCUGUAUCAAGUCUGUUGAUCAUGAUAAGUAUUGGUGGCUUCAACUUCUUUGGUCUGUCUGUCACCCGUACUGUCUCCGCUACGUCUCGUAGCACGAUCGACACCUGCCGUACGCUCUUCAUUUGGCUUGUCUCACUCGGUCUCGGCUGGGAGUCUUUCAAAUGGCUCCAAGUGGUUGGCUUUGGGUUGCUGGUCUAUGGAACCUUCCUGUUCAAUGACAUUGUCCGCCCGCCACUCAAGGCUUGUUUGCCCCGCGAACACAGGGAGGGCGAGGUCUUGCUUCCCGAAGACCCCAUUGAGCACAUUUGA